AUUAACUCCGAGUGAGUUGUCACUCUACUUUCUCCUUGCAAACUGCAAAGGAGAAGAAACAGUUCCUCUGCUGCUAUUGUUCACCAUUUUCAAUACACCCUGCUUCUUGCUGUAAACUUCAGGGGAUGUGAUUAGAGACAUGGAUGCAAAUUUUUUGAUCAGUAGCAACAACAAGCACCAUAAGAAGCACCAAAGAAGCAUGAACAUAUGUGAUCUACCAGAUGAGAUUCUCCAGGAGAUCAUAUCUAAUCUUUCCACCAAAGAAGCAGUUCAGACCAGUAUAUUAUCCAAAAGAUGGAUCGAUCAAUGGAUGAAUAUCUCGAAAAUCGAGUUGGAAGAAGGAGCACCUGAGAAACGACAAAAAAUUGUAGACUUUGUGGGAAAAUUACUCGUGGUUUGCAGUCCCUCAAAUCUUAAAAAAUUCUCUCUCUUAUUUGAAGUUGGUGCGGAUGCUCCUCUGGUCAAUAGGUGGCUAUGUGGUUUCAUCAAUCCUAACAUUCAAGAAUUAAAUCUUGAUUUUGAAAGAGUUGAGGAAUCACUAGUUUUCCCUAAUCACUUGUUUACGUCUGAAACAUUAAUCAAGUUUCAACUAUGUAUGCAGCAAGUUAUCAAUCUUCCUUCUUUCAUUUGUUUUCGAAGUCUUAGGACUUUGACUUUGAAAGAUGUUAUAUUCCCAGCUACUUGCUCAACGCAAAAUCUUUUCUCUAAUUGCCCUUCCCUAGAGGAGUUGAACCUAACUGAUUGUAAUUGGAUGAAUGUUAGAAAUGUUUGUAUUGCUUGUCCAUUGCUUCAGAGAGUGAUCAUAAGGGAGUGGAAGGAUGACUAUAAAGAUGAUGAUAAUCAUUCGGAUAAUGGUCAGGGUGUUCCAAACUUCUGUCGAAUAGUGAUCAUGGGAACUAACCUGAAAACAUUUUCUUAUGAUGGUGACCUCUUAAAUGAUUAUUUCUUACAUUCCGCAACUUCAGUAGUUAAUGCAAUUGUUCAGGUUCAUCCAGCUGACAAUAAUAACUUGGUCGCUGGUGUUUUUGUGUUCAAACUUCUCAAAGCCGUCCCGAAUGUGCAAAAGCUAUCACUCAACGACAGUGCUGCUGAGGCUCUCUGUCAUUCAUCUUUUCUAAUUGCGAAUCUAUCCCUGUUUUAUAAUUUGGUUGAGCUUCGUGUGGUCUCUGGAGUAUCACCCAUAAAUUUGACAUGUGAAGCACUGCUGACAGUAUUACGAAAGUCACCUAGUCUCGAAACUGUUGAGUUUGUUAUGGGGGUCUCUCUGCCAAGUCUGCCUCGAAAUGAUGCAACGAACAUUAGUCCCUUACCGGCAUGCUUUGGGACACACCUUAAGACGAUCAAGAUACAUGGCUUUUCUGGGAAUGUAGAAGAGUUAAAUGCCAUACGCUUUUUGUUGCGAGCAGCAUCUGUUUUGGAUACAUUAUAUAUUUACCAUAAUGAAUAUGAGUUUGAUUGUCCUGAGGGACCAGAGAGGUUAAACCACUUGUAUGACCUGAUUGAACGCUUUCCUAGAACUUCAGUGGAUUGUGAGGUUGAUUUUGAUUAGAGAUGAAAAUCAAACAAUAGAGAGGGAUGAUAGUGGUCAGUUUUAUUUGUUCAGCUAUUUAAACCCCAUUCCUUGUGGUUUAAUAAAAUGUCUUUAUCUCUUGAAAACAUUAAAACUGUUUGAAUUGGUUAACUUUGUAGUUUCUUGAUAUAGUUUUUAGGAAAAUUUAUAUUUCUUUUUCACCCUUAGUAUCAUAAGGCAGUGUAUAUCUUUUUUUUUUGGGUAGGGAUGCAGUGUAUAUCUUUAAUGAUUGUGCCACGUGACUAUGUCAUGUUGGAGAGCAUCUUCUGUACAUCUGUAAUAGGUACAUCUGCUAUUUAACAAGUGACACUUUAAAAAAAAAUAUUACAUG